UUUAUCGCGGUUCAAAACCUGUCGGUCUGCAUUCCAGUGUGCUGGUGGACGCCAAGCGUCGUGUUCUAUGAGAGAUUGAUCCUAUUGAAACUUACAACAAUUCUUGUGAAAAAAUGAAACAAUUUGCUAAAAAUUAUUAACAGAUUUAUUAUUUCUAUCCUAUAAGAAAGAUUGUGAUCGAUUCACGGGAAAGUCAAAGAUCUGGAACAAAUAGAUCGUACGGCUGGAUCGAAGGAAAAAGGUAAAAAUAUAAAUCCAAUGAAAAUUAUCAUUGAAAACUUUUCUUGAAAUAUCGUUGUAAAAGAUCAUCUGCCGGAAGGGGUGAGCCAUCAAUAUUUUUGGUGAAAUUUGAAUAUGAUGGAUAAUAAAUUGUUAAAAUGUAUAAUAACAAUGAUUAUGUUAUAAUUCUAAUUAUUUGAAUUAUUGACACUUGAAAAAAUACUCGUUCGGAUAAUACCGCGCUACUUAUUGCGCCUGCGUUCUAAUAAAGUAUACACAUUACGUACUUUUUGAUUAAAGUCUUAUACGCAUUUUGAUACGCGUAGUAAUGCGGUCGAAUUGUCAACUUCCCGAUGAAGCUCAUUAAAGUGAACCGGGUACAUCAGUAUAAUAAUAAUGUUAUUGAGAGAAAACUUACAAAUAUUUUACAAAUAUUAUUAUUUAAUUAAUAAAUAUAAAAUGAGAAUAAUAUAAGUAUAAAAAUAAAGUGUUAAUAUUUGGAUAAGUACUAGUUAUGGGAAGUAGAUUAAAAUAGCGUAUGACACAUAUACGGCUAAAUAUUCGUUGCUCGUUUUACUAAGCUAUCGUUAUGCUGAGCAGGAAAGUAAAGUUAGUCAUAUAUCUUGUAUCGAGAUGAAACAUGAUGAUGUGUGAAGAAUAAAAGUUCACGUGAUUAAUCGACAAUCAACGAAAAGGAUGAUCAUCGGCAUAUAAGGACACUUGUCAAAUGAAGUUUCAGUCAGUCGGAGAAUCAAAGAUAGAAAAAAGAAUUUCAGGAAUUGAGGUUCUCUGGAUCAACAUCAAGUUGUAGAAAUAAAAAAAAUGUGUCAAGAUGCGAUCUGUGCCCUUUCUAUGUGGCAUUGUUACGAUUUUAUUUUACGUCUUAGCCAGUCUUGUAUAUGGGCAAAGACAGGAGUUAGGCAUGUCUUUUAUCAGACAUCCACAACCAUUGGAUGCACCAAUAGGCGAUGACGUGAAUUUUGAAUGUAAUUUGAAUCUUGGCGCAGAACGUUUUUCUUGGCGCCAUAGACCAUUGAAUUCGGAUAAGUGGUUGCCAAUUUUUCACACAAUUAGUAAUGGUGGCAAAACAUCUAGGCAUGUGGUAAAAUUUGAUAAUGAAUCGAAAGCCGGAGAUUAUCGUUGUAUAGCUUUUUAUGGUUCAAGUGGUUUAGCUUCUGAUCCAGCAAGAUUAACAUUAGCUACACUACACAAGUUUUCUGAUAAAAGUGAUGUUAUUAUAAAUGUUCCAGCAGGAAAUGUUGUACCUAUCACUUGUCCUGUACCUUAUUCUGCACCAGAAGCAAUAGUUCAGUUUUAUAAAAACAAUAAUCUUAUACAAAAUGUUAAUAUAAUUGGUAGCAAAACUAUGAUUAUUGAGAAUGCUAAAAUAUCAGAUAGCGGAUCUUAUCACUGCACUGCUAGCAAUUAUAUAACUACACAAAUAUAUUCAAGUAACUAUAAAACAAUUUUAAAUGUACAUAAAAACAUUAGUUUUUUAGCACCAUAUUUUGUUAAGCAACCACAAACAGAAUACAAAGUUUUACGAGGCAAAAAUAUAACAUUAGAGUGUUUUGGUGCUGGCUAUCCAGUACCUUCUGUUACAUGGAGUAGAUUAGGCAGUCCAUUACCAUCAAAUUCUAUAAAAAAUUUGAUAGGCUUAAUGAUAAUUAAUGUUCAGCCAUCAGAUAGAGGAGAGUAUGAUUGUAUGUGGAGUAGCAAUAAUGCACAUAUUAUUAAAUCUGUAAUUAUAUUAAAAGUCAUGGAAGCUCCAAAAGUAAUUAAACCGCCAAAAGCAUCCACAUUCUCUGAAGGUGGAGAAUUAGAACUUUCUUGUGCAGUGAUUGGCGAACCACAACCAAAAGUUGAAUGGUUAAUUAAUGGAGAAUCUUUGAUACCUAGUGAUAAUGUGGAAAUCAAAGGUUCCACACUUCUUAUAUCUGAAGUUGAGAAAAAACAUGCUGGUAUUGUCCAGUGUGUCGCAAGUAACGAAUAUGGAUCUCAUUCUGGUUGCAAUUUGCUAAGAGUAAAUCCUAAACAACAUAUUGGAACAACAGAAAUCAGACAGGAUUAUGGAAUUUCUAAUUCAAAACAUAAACACACUAGAGGAGGAGGUAGACGAAGAAGUAAGGAAGGAAAACAUAAAGGCACUGCGGUAUUAGUACCACCGAAUCAGCCAAAUGUCACAAGACUUUCAGAUGUAUCCGUAAUGGUUAGAUGGUCUGUACCUGAAAAUACAGGAUUGCCGAUUCAAUUUUUUAAAGUUCAAUAUCGGGAACUUGGACAAAAGAUGAAUGGUAAACAAGCCAAGUGGAUGACUGCAAAUUCAGAAAUACCGAAUAAUGUACGAGCUUUUGAAGUAACCGAUUUACAACCUGAUCAUACUUAUCGAUUUAGAAUUGCUGCAGUUUAUUCAAAUAACGAUAAUAAACUUAGUCCAAAUUCCGUACGUUUUCAUCUUAACAAAGAUGGUGGAAUCGAAAGUAAUAAAAUGCCUAUACCUUUAUUAACGAACACUGAGGCUUUAGGUCCGCAUGAAGUAUUACUCAUUUGGCAAAAUUCAGAUAAAUCGGCAAAUAUCGAUGGUUUUUACGUAUAUCAUCGAGCCUCUACUACAGCUGGAGAUUACAUAAAAACUACAGUUGAGGGCAAAGAUUCUUUCAAUAUAACUAUUUCUCACUUGCAACCAGAUACAACAUACGAGUUUAAAGUGCAAAGUUUUUCUGUGGAUGCUGCUUCAGAAUUUUCUCAAAUUCUUCGACAAAAAACAAAAAAAUCUUUGAAUGUUAAUGAACAUAAUGAUUACAAUAAUCGAAAUGAUCAUAGUAGUAAUUUAACAUUAGAUAGUCGAGUAAGACCUGCAGACGAUAAAAAUGUGAAUAUGUAUGCCAUAAUUGGCGGAGUUCUCGGAGGAUCGACCUUGCUAGGUAGUUUAACUGCAGUUGCAGUAAUAUAUAAAAGGACAAAAUACAAACAGAGUCGAGAAUCAUCACAAAGUGAAGGGAAACCAAUAACAAAUGGAAGAAUAAUGAAUGGUGGAGUAACCGAUUCAAAAAUAAAUAUAACUUCAAAUCCACUUGCUGGUCUUGAUACGUCUGAAGAUAUAAUACAGCCUAAGGUUGGUAUUUCUUUAGCCAUUGGUCGCGUGUUCUUUAAAUUCUACUUGCACAUUCUCUGCACUCUCUCUGGAAGCCGCUUUUCUUUUGUAUUUUCCGAACACCACAUACGUACGUUAUAUAUUAUCUACAUGUCCAUGCUUCUUUGUGAGUGAAAUUUGAAAGAAGCGAAAUGUUUCUAA